AUGGGUCCAAAGAAGGGCUCGAAGAAGUUGGAGGAGGUGCCCCCCGCCGUGGAGGACCCCCUCCUCGCUGAGACCUCCCGCACCGCCAUGAAGUGGGCCGCCCGGGUGGCCGUGAAUAGCCGGCGGGUGGUGGAGGUCCAGCAGCUGCUCGGUAUCUUCUCAGCGCAGGUGGAGGUUGUGAAUCGGGAAUUGACAGAUGUUUACGAUAAUGCGCAACUUCUUUCAAUGCUUCGCAUUGUGGACUAUCGACAGAAAUUAAAUCCAUCCCCAACUCCAGUGACCGUUAAGAAACAAAAAAGACGUGAUAAUAACACACGGGUCUCUAUUCGACCACCAGUAGAUGAAAAUAGCACAGAGGCACUAGUAGCAGCAAUGGAUGAGAAGAAACGAGCUAAAGUCUCUGCAGCUCUUGUAAAUCUAUUCCGCCGUAAUCAAAGCGAUACUCCUUCUUCUUCACAGGCGGGUGUAUCUCCAUUAUCACCGCAAUCACCACCACAACAACAACUACAACUUGAAGCACCCGCCUCUCCUACAGAUGCGUCAGGCAAACAACAAUUUUCAUCAGGUUUCUCUUCUGAUGGGCUCAAUAACAACACCCCAACCUUUGAACAUCGGCGGCCGAAAGAUGUACCACCAGAGUUGUGGGAUGAAGUAUCAAAACUACGUAUGCGACGUAUUGUUUUGGAAGAUCGUCUUGCAGUACUAAUGGGGAGAAUUGAUUCGCAACUCAAAAGAUUUGAUUUGCUUAUGCAGAAUUAUGGUGUUACAAUGUAUGCAUCGGAUGCCAUGGAACAUAACCUUAGCAUAUUGAGAGCGAAGAAGUCUUAA